CUCGGUUCUCCGAUGCUCUGAUCACGACCAGCACAUUCGUAUAUAUUUCAUUGUCAAAACCUUCUUUCGAUCUAAUCCUUCGGAAAUUUUCUGACAGCUUCCUUUGAGAACGCUUUCCAUAACGAACCCUCGAAGAACUUGAUCCAAGCACGUUUUUGCUUUUUUCGACCUCGAGAGUGUGAAAAAUGAGCGUUACCGUGAGCGCAAAUCUUUUUGAUGCUCUUGACACCAAAUCAAGUAAAUCUAAAAAGACAGAAAAAAAUAAUAAUAAUAAUGAAACAGACUUGCUUGAUGAAAAGCUCUGGGCGGCCACAGCUACGAGGAACGUGCUUUCAUGGGCCGAUUGUGACACAGACGAAGAUGAUAUCAGCGUUGGAACUUCAACCGCUGGAAAUGAGACUGAUGUUGCAGUAUGUGUCAAAGAAAGUUUCGAAGAGUUUAACGGCCACAUUGAAGAUAUGGUGUUUGACGAGCUAGACGAAGACGAUGAUGAUGAAGAUGAUCUAGCUGUUACUGUUCCUAUCGAACCACCGUGUCGCAGCAGUAAGUCCACUGCUACACAGGAGAGACAGUUAUCAAAGAAAGAAAUGAAAAAAAUUGAGCUCGAGAAACUUGAAGCUGUCUUUGCAGAGUUUGGCGUCGAGGUAGGUGUUUGCACGGAAGCUGGAAAAGAAACUGACUUAGGAGAGAGUAAAGCUGCUGCUAGACGCCGCAAGAAAGCCGCACGGGUUGUUUCCAGCUCCGAGCAAAUAUCUGAAAAGAAAACAGCCAACCCAGAUGAUGCUCCUGGUACAAGUGAUACUGUUCUGAUUAACCCAGUUGAAGCUAAGAAACUUGUGGCAGCCAAGUUGACCGGCAAGAAAAAAAACCAUGGUUUAAUUUCGUCGACUGCUGUCGCUGAGGCGAAGGCGCGUGCCGAAAAGUUGAAAAGAAAAGGGAAAACAAACCAAAAGUAAACAACACCAACAAGUUCUUCUUCCUUAUUUUUUUGCAGAAGUCGUUCAGGCAAUCUUCCUUCUCUACACCGUUCACUAUUUUCCGAUGAGGUUACCUUUAAGUUUGAAAUAUCUCUUUUGGAAGAAACGCCAGCGGUUGAGUGCUUUAUGCAGUGCGAAACGCUGACUCAUCUUGCUCAAGGCACAAUUGAUAAAUUAGACAGCUUUUGAAUAGACUUGUUCUGAUAGUACAAGCAGCAACGUUGUCAAAUACAAAUUUAUGCACUAGUUGACACGAUGCAAAAAUGGCCUCUUC